UAUAAAAACUGUAAAAAGAGGGACACACGAGAACUAUGCAGUUACACAAUGGUGUUAAGGAAGUGGAUUCAUUUGAUGGCUUUGGUGAGCCUCCUGUCUGCAGAAUCAAAUGCUCAGCUUGAUGUAUGUGGCACUGCUCCGCACAGCAGCAGGAUAGUCGGAGGUGAAGAUGCUCCACCUGGACACUGGCCGUGGCAGGUCAGCGUGCAGCUAUUUGGUGGACAUUUUUGUGGCGGUUCCCUCAUCAAUAAAGAGUGGGUGAUGUCUGCUGCUCACUGCUUUUUUAGUUCAAGUCCUUCCAGAUGGAAGGUUUCUCUUGGUCUUCAGAGUCUGCAGGGUGAAAAUCCAAACAAAGUGUCCAGAAAUGUUGUCAAAAUCAUUUUGCACCCAAACUAUGACAGUGUGACCAACAACAACGACAUCGCUCUGCUCAGACUCUCCUCACCAGUCAGAUUCACUGACUACAUCAGACCUGUGUGCCUGGCAGCAAGUGGCAGUGUGUUCAAUGAUGGCACUGAUAGCUGGGUGACUGGCUGGGGUGCAGUCAAAGAGGGAGUGGCCUUACCCUUCCCUCAAACGCUGCAAGAAGUGGAGGUGCCAGUUGUGGGAAACAGACAGUGUAACUGCCUGAAUGGAGUGGGCACAGUCACAGACAACAUGAUCUGUGCUGGUGUUCUGGCAGGAGGCAAAGACUCAUGCCAGGGAGACUCCGGAGGUCCAAUGGUGAGUAAACAGGGCUCUGUUUGGGUCCAGUCUGGAAUUGUAAGUUUUGGUUUUGGUUGUGGUCAGCCCAAUCUGGCAGGAGUCUACUCCAGAGUGUCCCGUUACCAGUCCUGGAUCAGGUCCCACAUUCGCUCUAAUAGGCCAGGAUUUGUGCAGUUCAUCUCCAGCGGGCUGGAUCCUGACAGCAGCUACACCUGUCCUGGUUCUCUAACAAGACCCUCAAUGUCAGUUUGUGGCAACACCCUCGUGAACAGUCACACUGGAGGAGACAAGAGCACUGUACCUGAAGGAAUUUGGCCCUGGAUGGUAAGUCUUCACCAAAAUGGAGUGCACAAAUGUGGAGGAAGCUUAAUAUCUGACAAUGUUAUACUCACAACUGCGCAAUGCUUCUCUACCACCAGUCCAAAUGCCAGUGAAUGGAAUGUGUUUCUUGGUCUUAGACUCGUAAAUGGUUCUGAAGAGUUUGAGACAUCUUUGGGUGUUUUGAACAUUACAGUGAGCAAAAUGACUGGCUCCAAUAUUGCACUAUUGCUGCUGUUUGAAUCAGUCAGUUUCAACAAUUAUAUCCAGCCUGUGUGUUUGGACAUUAGUGAUUCAAGAUCUUUCCCCAUUGGUAGUCAGUGUUUGGUGACAGGCUGGGAAAACAGGAACAACAGCAGAGGUGCUGUUAAAGCUGGCAUAGUUCGCCAAAACAUGAAAACUCAAGUUGCAAGUUGUGGCAAUCUUUCUGAUUCAGAUCAAAUUUGUACUCACAUCAUGGACCUUCAAGAGGGAGAUCAGGGCAGCCCAUUGCUGUGCAAGUCAGAGUCAUCAUGGUUCCAGGUUGCUGUAGUAACCGUCUAUGAAAGUAGACUGAGCCAUGGAGAUGUUGACGUCUUUACCAAAAUCUCAAGAUUUGGGUCAUUCUUAAAGGAGAUUAUUGAUGAAACACCAUCUCCUGCAGCACUUUUAACAGGAAGUUCACCUGAUUUCUCAGUUUCCUUAUUGAUGUUUUUUUGCUGUCCUCAUUAUCUCCUUGUUCCUGUUGUCAUGAUUUGCUCUUGUGGGUGGUUGAUGUAGUUCAUUAUUACAAAUUACCAACAGAUGCCAAAAGUCUUUAUUAACACCCAUUCAUACUUACUUAAUGUAGUUAUGAUGCUCAGGUCAAUAUGAAGAAAAUUAUUCAUGUGAAUAUUUCAAAUGAAGUUUAAAAUCUUUUUUUUUUUACAUUUUGGAAUGUGAUGGUAUGUUUCUCUAAACUAAUUAUACAGGAAUAUGUCUUCUCUGUGCAUUCUGAAGCUGUUGUCUACUUAAAAAUUGUAUAAAUCGUGUAAGAGCAAAAUUGAAAUGUAAUUCUAAUUACAUACUUAUUAUAAUAAACAUUGAUAAUGUUUAAAAUAA